GUCAAAAUGGUUCUGAAUAUAGAACUUUUACCGUGGCUCUUAUGUUGGCUAAUAAAUUUUUGGACGACAAUACUUAUACUAAUAAAACUUGGUCUGAAGUUACUAAUAUACCUGUUUGUGAGAUAAAUACUAUGGAAAUGGAAUUCUUGGGCUCUUUGAAUUAUCAAUUAUACGUUUCAGAGAAACAAUAUUUCGAUUGGGUUCAAAAUUUAUCUACUUACUUUCGAAUUGGCGAUAAUUUUCAUGAUGAUGAUAAUUCUUCUCCGGAUUCUUUUGUGGAUGGAAUGAUGGUAUCUCCACCAAAAAGAGCAAACGUUUAUUCUAUGUAUUCAACUGUACAAGCUCCUCAACAACAAUCUCAACAACAGGUUUAUGCUCAGACCAUAGCUUAUCCAACUCCUCCAUCUAGUGCUUCUAGUUCUCGACGAGUCUCCGCCUAUUUUAAUAUACCAACCACCACUUCUUCCUCUUCAUCAAAUUCAUCAAACAUGGUAUACUCUAGUCAUUCUUCACAACAAUCUUAUGAAGUACGACAAACUUUUACCAACGUUACUGUAAGGAAUACACAACCUCAAUAUGUUAUGGAUCCAGUUGGUGUAUUUUAUACAAGGCGUGUUCAAUCUAGUCUUAUCAAUGCUCGGUCUGCUUCUUCGGGAUUCCCUGUCAAUAAUAUGUCAUUCACUACAACCGUG